CUGUUGCUGCUUCAAUUCUCACACUCAGUCCAAAAUCCAGUUAGCUAUGUUCAUUCAUUCCUGAUGCAGAAAUCACAACAGAUGUUUGGUACUACUUUCUCCUCGCAAUUUCUCAAACAGAACUUGAACAAAUCUCGAAGGAAUCCAAGUGAAAAAAUUUGGAACUGCAGCAAUCAGAAUGGCCGCACGCUUCAGCUCAUCAUCAAAUAGUGUUCGCUCUACAGAGUCUAUCUACAGCUCUGCAAAGCAAGAAAUGGAAGAACAUAGCGAGCUUAAAGAUCUCCCCUCCAAGAACCGCAUGGCCAAACAGGGAGGGAGGAACAACCAACACGCUCAGCCCUUUAAUCUUCACACUGAGCAAAGAGGACACAGGAAGGAACAAGAGUUUGUAAAAAGAGUGAAAGAAAGGGUUAUCGAAGAGGCUAGACGAAGGAUUCCCGUCGCACAAGGUCUUCCAUUCACGACGGAUAAACCACAGCGUCGUUUGGAAGAUCUUGAGGAUGAGGAAGCAGAAGCAAAUGAGAAAAAUCUUCCUUGGGUGUUAGGUUGA